CCAGGUGCUACAGAUCUUGGUCCCUUCUCCGACCCACGGCAAUUUGGUCUUUCAUCCCUCACAGAGAGCCGUUUCUCAAAUCCUCGAAUGCACUACCCAGCUGCCUUCACCUAUACACCAACUCCAGUUACAACUGGGAUGUCUUUGGGUAUGUCUGCAGCUACACAUUAUCACACCUACCUACCACCGCCCUAUCCUGGCUCAUCCCCAAACCAAAGUGGACCCUUCCAGACCAGCAGUGCACCUUAUCUCUACUAUGGCACCUCUUCUGGAUCGUAUCAGUUCUCCAUGGUGGCAGGGGGAGAACGCUCACCCUCCAGAAUGCUGCCACCAUGCACCAGUGCAUCAACUGGUAGUACACUCCUUAAUCCCAACCUGCCCAAUCAAAAUGAUGGUGUCGAUGCUGAUGCUAGCCAUAGUAAUUCUCCCACUGUGUUGACUUCCACUGGGAGAAUUGAUGAGUCUGUCUGGAGACCCUAUUGACUCUGAAUACAUAUGAAUACAUAACAACUGAAUACAUAACAAGUCAUCAUUUAAAUAGUGCCUAUUAUGCAGUUUUUAACUGGAAGAACAUCUUAUCAUAAUAAGACUAUUGAGUGAAAGAACUAAUGCAGUAUUUGAGGACGUUUCUGUACUGUGCAAGAUAUGCACAUCACAUUGCUUUUUUUUAUAAGUUCUUGAGUGAAUUUAUCUUGUCCAAAUAUAUGAAGAACUUCGAGCUACUCAGCAAAACCAUUUUGUUUUAGAAAGAUGUGCUUUCCCAGAACUGAAAGUGUACAAAUUGCAGUAAUUUAUAAACAAUUAUUCAAACAAUAUUGAAAACAGCAAGAAAAGUGGCUAAAAACAAGAAGAAAACAAGGACUCUAAGCUUAAGAAGAUGAAAAGUCCUCCAAUAAAUGGUUAUCCACUUUACCGUUUUUAAAAAAUUGUCUAUGAGGGAACAUAGUUGACCGUUAGAAUAGUUGUAUCAGAAAUGUACAUGUAUGCACUCAGUUGUAACUGUGCAGGGGGGCAGAAUUUUUCUUUAUAGAUUUCUUGACAUAUCACCUUUAAGUGUUAAUGGAAAUAAAUUGUUUUCGAAGUGCCGUUUAUCCAAGAAUGCCUGGUAAUUGAAUGUUUACUGCAGAUUUCAAAAGGACUGUCUGUUUUUGCAUUCUUUAAAUGCUUUUGUGUAUCUUUCAAACAAAAUUGCUUUCCAGUUUAAAACGAGGUAAAUGUCAUCUGGCUUGGAGCAAUCGCACUCAACUUCAACGUCAUUAAUGUUUCUAUUGAAAAUUGUUUACUCAAUAAUUGAAUGACUUCAUAGUGAUAUAGCGACGUUAAGAUAGUAAUGUCUACUGCAGCAUUAUUACAGUUCAGUACUUUUAGCUGUCUAAAUCUCUGAAAAAGGUGGCAGAUAUUAAUAUAGUUGUGAUCUACUCAAAUGGGCUACUUUAAUUAUAUGGGAAAAUAUAUAGCUGACCCAGUGAUAUCAACAAAGGAAGAAAAUGUUCCAUGUUUCAAGCAGAUGUGCUUAAUCAAAAAAAUGCUGUUGUCAAAGAAAAUGCUGCAACAAGUACUUCAUGUGAUUUGAUACUCCAUUAUCUUUAAAGAAGCAAAUUCUGUGGCUACCGCUGAGUAGUUAAUGUAGUUUUCAGUCAUAGCAGCAUUAACUAGAUUCACGUGAGCAGGAGCUAGUGGGGAUUCAGUUGAUUCAUCAUUUUACUGAAAUUUAGUUGGCAUUUAUCCGUCUGCUAGGAAACCUGCAGUUGUAUCUGUCUUUUAAAAAAAUUAGAGAAGUAACAUUAUGCAAAAUCAGCUUGUCUUGAAGUACAAAUAAAAUGACAGAGCUAAGUAGUGUUUACGCUUCAUAAUUACUUCCUUGAGAUCCACUCUAAGCAGGUACUAAAGGAAUUGAAGUUCUUUCUUUCUUUAAUAUCAUGUCCAACUCUCAGUCUUGUGAGACCUUGUAUUGGUUCAGUCUUUAUUAAGGCAAAUGGAGAUGUGACAUUCGUAAAGAAUCUGCCAUGUAUCAAAGUAACCAAGAUACUUGAGAUGUUAGUCUUGAAAUCUGAUAAAUACAAUACUUGGGAAGAUUACACUUGGAAAUGUGUAUCUAACUAUAAUUUAAAAGCACAAAAUUCAUGAGAGAUACAUGAAUGCAAUAUCUACGUAUCCUAAUGUUUCUUUAAAUUUCAUUUGAUUGGUUCUAGUCUAAAACUUAGACUUUACUAUUUUAUGUAUUAAAUAAAGUCAAAUAUUUUUCAAUAUUUAGAUAUAGUACUUUUUUUUACUGCAAAUUUCUCUUGUGUGAAGCAUGCUUCUGUGGACCCAAGGUUCAAUAUGGCCAAUUUACAUUAAAGCUGGACAACUUUAUUGAUAUUAUUUAUUGCAAGUGGUAGCUUGAAGCAAACCACCAGUCUACAUUUAUAUAUCUGUACAGGUAAUGAGUUCAGGAGUUUUCAACAGAACUUGAGAAAGCAGGUGUCAGGUUACACAACUCAAGGUCGAGCUAGACAAGUCUUACUGCCGGUGCAAGCUGUUACCUAUUUAAUAAGAGGUACUUUAUUUGUUUAAUGUAAUUUUUAUUGCUAAGGUUGGGCUUUCAAAGAUUUAAAUAUGAUUUUUUAUAUAAAGUGAUUUUUUUAAAAAAGUACAUUUUGUUAAGAUGUGAUAUUUGUAGGGCUGCAGGCAGCAAUUUUGGAACCAAAUUUAAGAUUUUGUACAGUCAAAAGCACUUCGCAUCACAUCUAGCAUCCACCAAGUUAAUUCCCUAUGGCAAAGGUUUUAAUAAUCACAAUACAUUUUGGAUAUCAAACAAAGUGUAUUCAUCGCUUUCCCAUUAGGAACAGGUUUUCUACUGCAGAUGUAAACAUCCUUUGGGGUUUCCAAUAAACUUAGUUUUCUAUGGCACUGACUGAUAACUCAAACUAUCAUUUAUAGUGCAGUUACAUGAUGCCUUAGACGUUUUACUAAUAAAUCUGGUGUUAAUGGGGAUGCUCUUCAAUAGACUUUACAGUACAUUGAGAUAUCUUAAUGUAAUGGUAGUACAUAAUCUGAGGUGUCAUAUCCUAGCAAAAAAAGGAAUUUAGUUUCCAAUCACUCCAACUGCACUCUGUAAUGACAACCAACAUUGCAUGUUUAUGUUUGAAAUGUUAAACUUAAAUAUGGCCCAGAUUGUUCAUCAAUAAUAAAUUGAUUCCUUCAAUGAUGAGAUGUGAUUCUGCAGAGAUCCUUGGGAUAGCGCUGAAUAUCGGAGUUGUUAUUUCUCCAUUUUCCUUUCUCCAAUUUCACUGAAUUAUUUCACUGAAUAUUGUGCAGGUGUGAAUUCUGUCAGAUGCAAAUCAAAAACUCUUAGCAGUGAAAAUCAGAAUUAUAAAGCCAUCUCUAAUUUUGUGUUGUUCACGAGAAUCUGUUUUCCUUCAGACCUUGGGUACUAGGAUUUUUGCUAAGGAAGCAGAAGCACUGAUUCUAGCUGUAAGUCAAAAUUUUUGCUGAACAUAGCUUAUGUAAAUAAUUGAUGAAUGCAAUUUUGUCAAAAGGAAUACAUGAAACUUUUGAGUUUUUUUUAGCUGACAGUCAUUCUGCUGAUGUAACAUGCCAAUACUAGUGGCAUAUAGGCUUUGUCUGUUUACUGCUAAGAGAAAAUGUUUGUAUUUUCUUCUAGUCACUGUCAUGUUAAAAUGUGCACAUGACUGUUUAGCAUUAUGAAAGUAAUCUCUCAAAAUUGAAGUAGUGGAAAACAUCACUUUAUCCUGUUACAGGAAUUUAUGACGUACAAUGAAAGGGAUCAGUAAUUUUUUCACCAAUAAACAUUGAACAAGAUCUAGGGAAGUCUCAUCCAUCCCUAAUUUGAUACACAUUACCUUCAAUCCUGAAUUCUCUUUACAAACACAAAAAGACUUCUUUUAUCAUAAUUUCAGCAGUUUACAAUACAGUUCAUAUUUUGUACUCUUUAUUUGUAGUCAUGAAAUGGAAAUCCUAGCUUUCUAACGUAAUUACUACAUAGAUAGUUGAGCUCCGUGGAAAAAACAUACAUUUUAAUUAUUCAUUUUUUGUGUAUGUAGAACAGACAACAUUCUGCAGUUUUAAUUUCAUGGGUAUACUUACACUUCUGCCUUUUUAUUCUGUGAUUUAUGUUUUUAUUUUUUGUAUAAAUACAAGCUUUUUAUUGCUGUUACUCAAUAAUUGCUUUGCACUGAAUAUACUGUACAAACGCAUUGUGUUUCAGGCCAUUGCCAUCAUUGAUUAUGAAUCACUUUGCUACGUCUUAAAAGGGAAUAAUGCUAAGAUAAUGAUUUUUGUGUCACUAAAUUGCAAAAUUCCUUGUCUGACAUAUUGUCAUGAU